AUGCUUAUGGCUCUCUCCUCCUCCUCCGCUGUGAGUGUGCCGCACCCGUACGCGCGCAUCUACGCAAAAAAAGACGCAAAGCGCCGCCGCAUCUGGAACCACGCCCUCGAGAAAUCCGUCUUCUCCCCGCUCCAGCUCUCCACCGUCGGCGCACAGGACCGCCGCCCCAUAUACGUCGCCUCCCUCGAGGCACACAUCGACCGCCUCCAUGCUCAGCUCAAGGCCCUCGCCUGCUACCCCGUCCGCGACGACCAGCUCGCCCCAUACAUCGGCCUCCACAGCAAGGUCGCAAAGAGCAUGGUCUCCAGCCUCCAGCACGAUAUCUCACAGACAAACUUGAAGUUGCUGGAGCUCGAGCGUGCGAAUGCGAAACUCCGCGAAUCGCUCGGUUUGCCGCCCAAAGCUCCGCCACUUCUCGUGCCCUCCCCGCCACCCCGCCCACGCGUCCCAUACACCUACCCAGACCUCUCCGCACACCUAAACCAACCAAACCAAACCAUCUCAGAACCAGUCCCGUCAUACAGCCAGGCAUCCACACCCGCGUCGCAUUUCUACUCUUCCGCAAAUGCAAACUCGAGCGGAAAUGGGUCAGGCGCGCCCAUCGCGCUCCCCACCCUCCCGUUGCCCGAGCCCUCGUCGCUCUCGUUCUACUAUUCCUCCCAACCCUUUCCAUCAUCCGCAUCUUCGACGACAUCACCGUCCUCUCCAACGGACACUUGUUCCUCCUCCGGCGCGUCGGCAUACGCGGCGCCCUCACCCAUAUACUCGGCGCCCACGUCCCCGUCGUCCCUCGCAGACGCGCUCUCCCCCGUGUCGCCCGUCCACUCUACGCACUCUACACAUGUCUCCGCCCCGUCUCCCGCAUACUCUACCACUACUACCACCCAACACAACUCACCCAUAGACACCACCGCAGAAUUCUCGAUGCUCUCUCAGCCUUAUUACCCAUCACCUCCCUCAUCUUCGUCCGCUAACCAUGCUCACCCCGCUCACCACCACGUUGACGUGCAGCCACCCGCGUACGACGACGCCGACGCGUACCGCCACGAGCAGCACCUCAUGCUCGCCUACCCCGCGGUGUACCUCGACCCGCAGCCGGCGCCGGAGCAGCGGAGCCGGUAUGAGAUGCAUGGGGUGGCGUAUGUGGAUGUGCAGCAGCAGCAGCAGCAGCAGUUACAUCCAAUGCGGCAGGAAGAGCACGUGCAGCAGGAGGGGGAGUGGAAGCAUCUACAACCAGAGAGUGAGCAGCAGAGAGAGGAGGAGCAGCGCGUCCACGCGAUCCGCGCUCCGCACCCGCGCUUCCACCCGUACCGCCUCCCCCAGCAGCAGCACCACCAAGAGCAGGCGUACGCGCCGCACCCGCCGCCGCCGCCGUCUUACUCGUCGUAUGCGCCGUACCCCCCGUAUAUAUCGACGACGUUCUCGCAGCCCGAGACCCAGUCGUACGCCUCACAACAACAACAACAACAACAACAACAACAACAACAACAACAACAACACGGGCAAGAACAACACGGGGAAGGGCAAGAGCUGUACACCUUCCCCGACACCGACACCGCUUCCGCCUCGGUGUACCCGCCGCCCGUAUCCCCUUCGUGGACCGACGCCCCGGACGCGUACGCACCCCCACAUCCACAUCAAGCACACCAGGUGUAUCCAGGACAAUUCGGCCACCCUGGAUCGAGUAUGCAUAUUACGAAUACGCACGGGCAUGGGCAUGGGCAGUAUCACUACGGGAGUGUGCAGUCGGUGCCGUUGCAGGCGUUCUAG